AGGAUGGUCUCCCGGAGGACUGCCUGCGUACGGAGUACAGCCGCCCUUCCUUCUCCAGCCGAUUCACACACCUUUAAGGGGGGCGCGUUUCUUAGGAGCUUAACAUCCACAAUCGACCCACCGCUGGCCACUUCUGGAUAAGAGAAAAGUGGGUAGUGGCCAUCCUCCAGUGGGACGCUGACCUUUAUAACGUCGAAUGACCCUCCAUCUGGCCUGGAAACGUCAACGUCAAAAAUACAUACUUUGGAAACAGCAGGGAGAGGAAACCUGAAUUCUUCCCUUUCUGAUAAAUCCCUACCUCCCAACACCCCCCUACCAACCGACUUGCAUUAUCACGAUCGAUCGAAUAGUACCCUUCCCACGAAUCAUCGCCUUUUUCCUCAAUCAUCAUGUCGCGAACUAGAGUUCUCUUGGUCGGCGCUGCGGGCGAGACGGGCGGCUCUAUUGCUAGCGGACUGCUCGAGAACCCGAACUUUGAGGUUCAUGCCCUUGUGCGUCCCCGGUCGGUCCAGAAGCCUGCCAUCGUUGCUCUGCAAGAGCGAGGCGUCCAAAUCCGCAAAGGUGAUCUCAAGGGACCUGAAGAAUCCCUCGUCGACGUUUUGACCGGAAUCGAUGUGGUCGUCAGCUGCGUUGGGCCUGCCGAACAGCAGGAUCAGAUUCCUCUUGCUAAAGCGGCCAAGAGUGCUGGAGUCCAACGGUUCGUCCCUUGUGGCUUCAUCACCGUGGCUCCUCCGGGCGGAAUCAUGUGGUUGAGAGACGAGAAAGAAACAGUGUACAGCCAUGUCAAACAACUCCGACUUCCCUACACCAUCAUCGACGUCGGCUGGUGGUACCAGCUUUCUUACCCCCGCCUUGGGUCCGGAAGAACCGACUAUGCCAUGACCACGGCGAACAACGAGAUCGUCGGUGACGGAAACACGCCCCUCGCCCUGACGGAUCUGAGAGACAUUGGACGCUACGUCGCCAAGAUCAUCGUCGACGACCGCACGCUGAACAAGAUGGUCUUCGCGUACAACACGGUGUUGACACAGAACCAGAUUUACGACCUCUUGGAGCAAAUUAGUGAGGAGAAGAUCCAGAGAAACUAUAUUCCCGAAGAAACCAUUUACACCAGAGUGCUGGCAGCUCGACAGUCCAGCGAGACUUAUCCCUUCGACCCCGUCAAAUUCAUUCCUCGCUACUUGGCCGAGAACCAAUUGUCAUGGGGCGUCCGUGGCGACAACAACCCCGAAUACGCCAAGUACUUGGGUUACUUGACCUCCAAGGACCUGUAUCCUGACUUCGCCCCUCACGACUUCAAGGAAUACCUUGAAACUGUUGUUCGAGGCACAGCCAAGGGUGUCUACACCGACCGUACGAUCUCCAAAGCCCACCAACGGAUGUUCCCCCGCACUGAAUCGAGCGAUUCCCUCUACACCCGGAUAUUCCCGAGAACCGAGUCGAGCGACUCGCUUUACAUGUCUAGGUAAUCCUCGACAAGCAUUUCUUCGCUAAAAAAGAAAAACAAGGACAUUGAGGCGACGCUAGACGUGCCUCCUGACCCGGCGCGAUGUGUAUAUGACUCCAUUAUGUGGGAGCCACAUCAUACGAUGAUGGUCCUCUUCUCUUUCUGCUUCUUCAUUACUGGAACACUUGCUUCUUUUCUAUUCCCUGGGGUUCUAGACCGGCGUUCUUGUAUUUAUGAUGGAUUAUGGUUGCCUGAGUGGGAGAUGUUCACCACUCAUUGAUUUGAUUGAUAUACCAAUGUAUUCGAGAGGCUUACAGCCUAUCAUCUGACGACGAUGCUCAGCUAAGCCAGAACCUACUUAGUACCUAUACCCAUGCGAUUCCCAAUCAGAUCUAGUUGAGUUUCCAAGUCACGCCU